GCCGUUAUCAUUGGCCUCAUAGAAAUCCUGUCGCGCCGCUGUAUGAAGAUACGCGAGUCCAUUGAGAACCAUCAAAGUGUGGUACUCUCAUUAUUGGCCACGCUUGGCUUCCUCACGCGCUUCAUUGAUGUUUGUCCAGCAGGACCCACAGAUACGACGCGUUUCCUCAGCGCGGCAAAAUCCACGGAGCUCUUUGGUUCAGUAUCAAUGCUUUAUGCGUGUGUUGUGCCAAUCGGUGAAUGCAUUCCAUCGCGCACAGUUUCAUUGGCGGCAGCUACUUUCAAUCUAUUGGUCUCUAUGGCGGUGCUGGACUUGGCGACGUUUCAGGAUGUCAUGUCCAGUGAAACGCUCUCACUUAAAUUCCUCGAUGUUGUCACCAUUUUGCUCAAAUAUUGCGGCAAUAAGUGUUCGGCGGCUAAAAAUAGUGAGACACAGGCUGUGAUUAUUGAUCUUAUAGCGACAAUUGGUUUCCUCUGUGCCAACAACAAAAAGAAUCAAGAUCUACUCACCUCAGAGCAAUGUUCCAUUAUAAUUAAGAGCUUAACCAAAUUACCUGAACAUUUGAAUGUGGUCGUUUAUCCCUGCUUAGUCACCAUAACGUUCCAAAAUCAGAAUGCUCGCAAUGUGAUAGCACGUGAUUUUAAUUUAGAAUUUCUGGAUGAGUAUAGUAAAUCAGAGAAAGCCAAGAAGAACCAUCUAAUCGCUUUGCUCAAAGAGAAGACCUAAACGUAUCAAAAACAACAAAACAAAAAAAUCAAUAAAUACAUAUACACGGCGCUUAUGACUGGAUCGAAAUAUUCGCGUUGACAAUUUCGAGUGUCAUUUGUGAAGAAUAUUUUUAACGAUCCUUGACUGCCUUCCCAAUUGAUAGAAAAACAAAAUUUACAUUCACUUACACGUAUUCGUAGCAGUAAAAUGAAAAAAAAAAGAAAUGAAAUACUUACCACUUCUACUACCAAAUGACACAAACAUGCAUACUUACGCAUCGCCCCCCUUUUGGCAUAGACUUGAAUGUGCAAAAAUGGAUAUGCUGGGCAAUCAAGUUUGAAAGCUUAUUGCACUGUGAAAAUUAGAAGACUUUAAUUGCUGUUGACGAAAAUUAUUUAUGUUUUCAGUUUUGGUAUAACAAAGAACAUCCAAAAGCUAGUGAAAUUUGCACAUUCUUGCCUCUGGCAUAGGGGGCGACGACAUGUAGAACAAACAAAAAUGUGAAAAAUAAAUUUGUAGGCUCGUAAAUAACCGCAAUAAUUUAAAUAUUACUAAAAAACUUUGUGCACCAAUUUAAGCAGUAAUAACAAAUAAUGAAAAUGCAGAAGAAGCGAUAAAAUUUAAAAAUUAUUGACAUCUUAGAAUUUUGCUUUACACAAAUAAAUAUACACACAUUAACCAAAACAUACCCGGAAUGACGUGAUAGUAAAGUUUUUACGUACAGCUUUUUGUAAUGAAGUGGAAGAAGAAGAAGAAAAAGAAGAAGGAAAGGACGAGAAAGAAUAAGAAGAAUGCAAUCAAUAAGUACUUGAACUUUGUAACAUUCGAUUCCUGUUUAUUUGUUUUUGCUUUUAAGUCACUAAAACGUAAAUUAUUUAUGCACUAAAUUAGAAAUAUAAUUAUAACUGUAGUUUUUUACUCAUAAUAUUUUUUAUACGCCUUAUGUUUGCAUGUCUAAAUACGCUAUUUAACAAAGACUACAUUUAAUUCAAACCAUUAAUUUUGCUCAUUCUCGAAUCGAUAUAUGAAUAUACACUGCGCGAAAAAAGUAUAGCAUACAUACAAGUUUGAAACCAAUUUCAUAUUUCACUUAAACUUAAAAAAAUAUUUCUUAAAA